AUGAACGUUCGCCUAGCUAUUAUUCUUUGUUUAUUGAAGCUUUGUACCUCAAACGAUAUUGGCAGUGAGAACAAAUCGAGUAUUAUAAAUGCAAGAACUUCAUUGAAUAGGUUUUCGUUACCGAAAUGGAAUUCAGCUCAUGUUAAAAAGAAUAGUUUUGUACAGAAGCAGGAAUCUAGGUUCUGGCCGCCGGUACAAAAAGAAAGCAGAUUUCUGUCCCUCUUCACGGUGGUGACGUUCCCUAAUGGCGCCUGUGCUGCAGCAUCAGGCGACAACGGCACCUGUAUGACGGCUCGCGAGUGUUCAGCACGGGGCGGCUCUGCCAACGGCUACUGUGCCAAUGGAUUCGGGUUGUGCUGCAUUUUUAUGACGUCAUGUGGAAGCUCUACAUCCGAGAACGGGACCUACUUUGUGAACUCUGGUUACCCUUCAUCUUACGACGGCACCGGUUCAUGCGAGUUAACUAUCAUCAAAGCUCACCCUGAUGUCUGUCAAAUCAGAUUGGACUUCAACCGUUUUACUAUUGCCGGACCGGAACCUACCAACCAUGUGUGCAAUCAAGAUCAAUUUAUUGUAUCAGGGGGCAAUCCUGUCCCCACCAUAUGUGGGAGUAACCAAGGAAGUCAUACUGAUGAAGGCUGCCUACAAUACUACACGGGUGUGUCAGGGCAGCUACGCUCAUUCAACUACGACCCUGCAUCUGGUCUGCAGCUCAGCAACCAAGAUUACGGUAUCUGUAUCAGAAUGGAGAGAAACUUCUGCGGAAUACAGUACACGGCGUGCCCUGACAACGUGAACAACCGAUCUCGUGCCUUCACAAUAAGUGGCAACAGCAAUGGUCCAGUCAACGCUAUGGUUGGCUCUGGCCCCACCCAGAAUAACUGUGCCAAUGAUUGGCUGUUGGUCCCAUGCGCGACUAAUGUUGGCCGCAUACAACCAGCACAGGCACUCUGCACUGAUAGAAUAUGCGGGGGAACAUUCUCCGCUGAAUUAUCUAUGACCCCAGCGACUGUUUUGAGUACGGUGAAGCCUUUCAGACUAUGGUUUCAUGCUGACAACGUGGAGGCUCCAGUGGACAUCGACAAUAGAGGGUUCUGUCUCAACUACAUACAACAGCCUUGCACAAAUAAUGUUAUGUAA